AUGGAAAAACCAGAUGUUGUAGAGCCGUCUUCACGAAACAGCUUCCUUUCUGACACCACAGAGAGGUCCGGAAAUAACCAAAAAACACCCGCCAAGGAAGAAUGGGGGAGCAAAGUGGACUUCCUGUUAUCUGUACUCGGAUAUAUCGUUGGUUUCGGCAACAUCUGGAGGUUCCCAUACGUGUGUAUGAAGAAUGGUGGAGGUGCAUUCAUCAUUCCAUACCUGAUUACGAUCUUUCUGCUGGCAGUGCCUAUGUACUUCUUAGAAGCAUCUCUCGGACAAUUCUCCGGAAAAACAAUGCGAAAUGUGUGGUGUUACUGUCCAUUGAUCAAAGGGGAGGGCCUGGGACUGCUGUUGAUGAUGAUGGCGUGUGUGUGGUACUAUGUGAUGCUGACCUCCUGGGUAAUAUAUUACCUGUAUCAAUCCUUCUACUCACCUCUUCCAUGGAGCACUUGCGGUAAUGAGUGGAACACGCCCGACUGUUUCAGCUUCACUCAGCCUUUCCUGUCCAUGUAUAACAAUUCACAAGGAAACACGACCACCUCCGUUAACGUUUCCGAUAACCUAACCUCUGUUCACAGUGGUGUUAAUAUGUCUUUACACGUCAUCAAAACAGGUCACAGUUCGGAGGAAGAAUUCUGGCAAUACAAGGUGUUGGACAUAUCCUCUGGUUUUGAUGACAUUGGUUCUGUUCAGGGUCACCUGGCCUUGUGUCUAUUAAUAUCCUGGAUCGUCGUCUACUUUUGUGUCAUCAGGGGUAUAAAAUCCACGGGGAAGGUGGUAUAUGUGACUGCCACGCUUCCAUAUAUUCUCCUCACUGUUAUCCUUGUCCGCAGUCUCACACUACCUGGUGCCAUUGAUGGAAUUAUAUUCUAUGUAAAGCCAGACUUCGCAUCACUGAUGAAUAUACAGGUGUGGCUGGAGGCGGCCAUCCAGGUGUUCUACUCUGUCGCCAUGGGAUGGGGAGUCCUCAUCACACUUUCUAGUUUUAACAAAUUCAACAACAACUGUUACAGAGACGCGUUCCUGGUGACCCUAGCGGGAGAGGGGACAAGUUUAUUUGCUGGUUUUGUCAUCUUUUCUGCACUCGGAUUCAUGGCUCAUAAGGCUAAUUUACCUAUUGAAGACGUGUCAAAGUCUGGUCCUGGUCUUGGCUUUGUGGCUUAUCCUGAAGCUCUGUCACAGAUGCCAUUCCCAAAUUUCUGGGCUGUCCUUUUCUUUCUCGCCAUGUUCACAGUCGGACUGGAUAGUCAGUUUGCGUUUACGGAGACAGUAUGUAUCAUCUUUGAGGAGUCCUUUCCUAUACUACGGAGAAGAAGAACCAUAUUUAGGGCCUGUUUCGCCGUUUGCGGCUUUCUCCUUAGCCUUUUAUUCUGUACACAGAAUGGUGUAUACCUAUUCCAGCUAGUCGACUGGUACUGUGCCGCUUUUUCACCGAUUCUGUUCACACUCAUGGAAUGUCUAACAAUUAGUUGGGUGUAUGGCGCUGAGAGGUUUUCCCGUGAUAUAGAGAUGAUGUUGGGUCGUCCUGUACCCAUAUACAUGCGAUUCUGUUGGUGUGUCCUGUCACCUAUAUUAACCCUGGGUCUGCUGAUCACCAGUUUCCUGUCCUAUGUCCCUCCCACCUACGGGGACUAUGUGUACCCCCACUUCGCCGCCGUGCUGGGCUGGAUGUUUGCUGUAAUGCCUGUCGUUCCAGUAAUCGUUAUUGGGUUGAUGACAAUUAUGAAAUCCCCUGGUGAUACUUUUUAUCAGAAAUUGAAGCACUCCCUGCAACCUUCAUCAGAGUGGGGUCCCGUGUCAACUGACAAACCAUACAGAUCAUUGGAUGACUGGCGAUUGGAGGGUUCGUUUAAGGACAGACUUUUUAUAAACAUGGGAUACAAGAAAGCGCCAUCUUAA